GCUACGAUCAAUCUGUGUCUGAUGGAAAAGUGAGAGCAUUGAGUGGCCUCGCAAGAGCAAAUUGGAAGACUACGUCGCAAAGUGUAUCGAAUUGAAAACGAAGUCGUGUCAUCGCUGUACUAUCGUAGAGAAACAAAUCGUAGUACGCAAACAAAGUGAAAUCCGAAGAAGAUCAUGUGCAUUUUCGAUCUCCAAUGCAGACGGCAGAGGCGAUGAGGUGGAAGAAACAGUCCUAAGAUUCACCCAAGUGGAGAUGAUCAAGCGAACUCGCACCAGGCAGAGGACGUUUAUAGAGGUGAUUGAGUGAUGAAGAUGAAUCUCAAGACGAAGUAUGUUCUAUGUUUUUUUACUCAUGUUGAUGGUACGCGCUUAGUUUUGCUUCGCGUGUGCCGAAGUCCAUUGGCGUAUGUAGAGAACUCUUGUUUCUAGUUUCUUGGUCAGUACUAGUGUACCCAUUUGGUCAAUUUUCCUUGUAAAUCUGUUUCUAUUUUUUGAAUUACACGCUCGCAGUCAUUUAUCAGCAUCAGCCUAUGAAAUUCAUUCAUCCAUUCAAGAUCAGCAUUUAAGCAAAUGACAGUUCCCUUUAUUCCGACCGUUUUAUCUGUUAAAGUUCAUUUUACUUCUAGUAUGAUAAUUUUAUUAAUGACUUUAUAUGAAAAAUACCUAUAGCAGUCUACAAGACGAUUGUGCACAGUGUUAUUAAACAUCAUCGGCCAUCGUGACUGUAUCGUUCGCCGGCAACGGCUUGUUUGGAUUGGAAAUCUUUUAGCAUGAUGAAAUUAAGUAUGCUGUACCAUACCGCUGCAGUCAGUUCCAAGAACCUAUCUCAUUUUUUCCUGUCACACUCAAACAAUCGAUUACCAUCCACCCAUCUAGCAACUAAAAAUGUAAGGACCAUCCGUCUAGCAGGUAGAAUGUACCAUCCAUCUAGCAAGUAGAAUGUACCAUCCAUCUAGCAAGCAGAAUGUACCAUCCGUCUAGCUAUGAAUAAUGCACCAUCCGUCUAGCUAUGAAUAAUGCACCAUCCAUCUAGCUAUGAAUAAUGCACCAUCCGUCUAGCUAUGAAUAAUGCACCAUCCAUCUAGCUAUGAAUAAUGCACCAUCCGUCUUCUAGCAACUAAAAUUUACCAUCCAUUUAGCAA